ACUCUUCCUUCGUCUCGGAGCUCUUCCAGGUCCAGUGCGCCCGCCCAGAGCCAGGGCACCGUCGCUGGCUGAGGAACCCUUCUUCAGUCGCACAGCCAGACACCGACCAGCAACAGCAACCAAUCAUGUUGGAAUCUCGUCAACACGUCAAACACCAAGACCCCCCAUACUCUCUCCUAUGGCUGGACUGGCUCGCACCAUUGGUUGAAGAUGCAGGGCUUCCACCUGCGCUGAAGGAGAAGCUCAUUGCAUUGCUAGUCCAGAUCAGGCGGCAGCAGCUAUCUGAACGCGUCCGGGGCUAUUACUACCGGGAGAUCGGGGCUCGUUUGCUUCUUUACAUCGAGCACCGCAACAUGUUCGAGCUGCAGGCUUCCUGGAAUCUUCUGAGCGCAGAGGUCAGAGAUGAAGCUCCGUUCGAUGGAGCUUACGUGCCACCUACCGUGUACGUGGAUCGAGCUCAGCCCGGCUUGAUCUGGGUUGUUCCGGUUGAUACCUCAAGUUCUCAGCAUCAACAUACUGGCAGUAUCCGCGAGGAAGAGCGCGUGGAGAAGUCUGAUCGCCAUCCCAGCCAUACCGAUGGCCCAGCAGAUCCCACCAAGAACCUUACGAAGCAAGCGUCGAAGCAGCCGAGGGAGCUUGUGCCUGGUCAGCGACCCAAGCGCAGGCUGUUGAACCAUGAGCCGGUUUCUCGGUGGGGCAUCUCCGAGCCUGUCUUCGUGGCGAUUGACAUUGGAGCCCACGAAAUCGGCGACCACACCAAAAUUACAUCAGUCGGCGUGAGCGCUCUAGAUUCUCGUGAAUAUCCCCCCGUCGACAAGCUCACCUCGCUGAGUUGGAUGCGGGCUUCAGCCCCGUCCACGCGUCAAUUGAGGAUUGCGGUGAGCUCUGAGGAGGGAGAAAAGCUCUAUGGCUCUCGGUCGAGCUACGGCCGCGAUGUCAUAAUCAGGAACCCGGCUGAUAUUCGAGACGUUUUCGUGAGGUACAUGCGGGAAUGUUUCGGUGGCAGAAACGUCGUUCUGACUUUCCAUGAUGCCAUCAAUGACCACAAGUGGAUGAAGGAAUUGGGCAUGGAUCCGUACAGUAUUGAUGGCGUCGACAUAGUUGGCGAGUUCGAUACGAUGAUUGCCGCAAGGUGUAGGAUGGAAUAUCCGAAUCUCGGGGCAGCGUUGAAUCGGAUUGGCUACCAGACGAGGGAUGGUGAGUGGCACAAUUCGGGUAAUGACGCCUUCAACACGAAUAGGCUGGUCGCUUCUAUGGUAUACGGUUUGCACGCAGGCAGUCACUUGACGGGGAAGAAUUUGUGGGUAGAAGAUGGGAUUUUCAUUCCCGGUAGAACGGAAUCCUCACUUAGAUAG